ACAUCAUAACAAAAUAUGUAUUUUGACUGUAGUACUGUAGGCUAAUAAUUAACCACCUACUCUUUUACUUGUUUUAAAUGUGCAUAGGUAGAUCAAAUAAACCAAUAAUUGUUAUUUUAUAUCGAGAAAAAACAAACGUUUAAUUAUAGUCUAUGAGUUAUAUCACUUACAUCUAGAAUCUAGACCAAUCGAGUAAUCAGUAAAUAAGCAAUAUCAUUGAUUAUAAAUAUUACUUUUAAACGGCAUUUAACGGUGUUUAAUGAUUAGAAUAAAUAUUUUUAAACCAUGUCUGAAAACGACGAUCAGUGUACAUCGGAAUACUUCAAUUCCAGUGUGGUUCGAUACAGAAAACGAUUGGAUGCACAGUUUUAUGAAACACCAUGUGAAGAAAUGGCCAUGAGUUUACUUGGCAAGAUACUUGUCAGACGGCUCGACGAUAAUACCAUUCUUAGGGGUAGGAUUGUCGAAACUGAGAGCUAUCUGGGCCACGAAGAUGCAGCUUCCCAAUCGUUCAAAGGGAAAAUCACACCAAGAAAUGAACCAAUGUUCAUGAAACCAGGAACAGCUUAUGUUUAUUUUACUUACGGAAUGUACCACUGUUUUAAUAUUUCAAGCAAAGGAGACGGUGCAGCAGUUUUAUUAAGGGCGAUAGAUCCUUUGGAUAAUUUGGACACAAUGACAUCGCUACGAAAACAAUAUAGAAAAGGUCCAAAAUCACAGAUGAAAAUUAAAGAUUUAUGCAACGGUCCAGCAAAGUUAUGUAUUAGUUUUGCGAUUGAUAUUAAGUCUUGCAAUAAACAAGAUCUGACUUCUUGGGAUGGAAUGUGGGUAGAAGAAGACGAAAAUAGUAAAUUAAUAGACACAAUUGUUUGCUCGCCAAGAAUAGGUAUAAAAUGUGAAAAAAAAUGGCAAGACAAAUUCUUAAGAUAUUAUAUUCGUGAUAAUCCCUGUGUUAGUAAGAUAGAAAAAAUUCAAAUGAAUGAAUUGAAGUAUUCACAAAUAAAAAAUUUAAAAUAAAAAUAAUUUAAAUUUUAAGUAUUAUGUUUUAACUUUAAAUAUUGUAUUAGAUAUUUAUGUUAAUAUUAUUUCUUGUUAUUUUUCCUGUAAUGAAUUAGACACUCAAUAAAUGUUUAUUACUU